GUCUGUGUUGGCUCAGCAUGAGUUUGCCGUCGGGUGUCGAUAUGCAGAAUCUAAUGUCGCAGCAUCCGGUUUUGGGCGCCCUGCCGCCCGCCUUCUUUCUGCGCGCCGCCUCGGAGCGUUAUCAGCGUACCCCAAAAUGCGCCAGGUGUCGCAAUCAUGGCGUGGUGAGCGCCUUGAAGGGUCACAAGCGUUAUUGCCGCUGGCGGGAUUGUGUCUGUGCCAAGUGCACUUUGAUAGCGGAACGGCAGCGUGUGAUGGCCGCACAGGUGGCGCUGCGACGCCAGCAGGCGCAGGAGGAGAACGAGGCCAGGGAGCUGGGCCUGCUGUACACCUCGGUGCCCGGUUCGGGUCAGGGUCAGCAACAGAAUGGCAGCGAUAGUGUUACGCCCACCCCGCACAGUCCCACAGCGCCCGGCACUGGUGCUGGCCCGGCACAAAAUGGUGUUUUCCAUGGCGGUAUACCAUCACCGCCCAGCGAUGGCUACGAGGCAAGCUCCACGCCCAGCCACCAGCAGCAACAGCAACAGCAGCAGCAGCAGCAGCAACAACAGCUACAGCAGCAGCAACUUCAUCAUCAGCAACAGCAGCAGCAACGCCAGCAGCAGCAGCAUUACAAUGGCAAUGAAUCCGACACGGAUGGACGCACCCGUUCCGAGCACCUCAGCGUUGGCUUCUCACCCACACGCACCGAGCUGGACGAGAGUCCCGUUUCCAAACGUGGUGCUGCUCACUCGAAUGAAACAGAUCAGGAUACGGGCUCCGAGUGCGGUUCACCCAGCAGUCCCCGGCCCAAGGUGGCUGGUUUGUUUAAUCUGACGUCCAGUUUGUCGCCGGCACGCACCGGACCGCCCAGUUCGCCGGAAUCGGAUUUGGAUGUGGAUUCGGCACCGGAUGAGGCAACGCCGGAGAACUUGAGCCUGAAGAAGGAGGACAGCAACUCGCCGCCAAAUACACCCGCCGAGAAUCUGCAUCUGUUGCGCUCCUUUGGCAAUGGGCAUGCCCAGGGCUUUAUGCCCUAUCAUCAUACACAGUUCCUGGCCGCCGCCGGGCUGCCCACCCAUCAUCCGGCAGCGCAGGCGCAGUCGCUGCAGCAACAGCAGCAGCAACAACUUUUGGGGCAGCAUGUUCAGCAUCAGCAGCAGCAGCGAUCCCCCAUCGAUGUGCUGAUGCGUGUGUUUCCCAAUCGGCGACGCAGCGAUGUGGAGCAGCUGAUGCAGCGCUUUCGCGGCGAUGUCCUCCAGGCCAUGGAGUGCAUGCUCGCUGGCGAGGAUUUGACGCAGACACCGCCGCCGCCGGCAUCGUCGGCCCAUUCGGUGCCCCCCUCGCCGCCAUUCCCCAUGAAGUCCGCCUUCUCGCCACUGGUGCCGCCCGCUGUGUUCGGUUCCCCCACCCAUCCGCAUCGCUAUCAUCCUUUCAUGCAGGCGCAUGCCAAGCGUUUCCUUUCUGCCCCCUAUGCUGGCACAGGAUAUCUGCCGGGAGUGUUGAGCAGCGCGGAUAUCGAUCAAUCCGAGUCGAAUGGUGCUGGUGGCAUUGCCAUGGACCGGAGUAGUAAUGCCGGCGAUUCCCAGGAUUGAGGCUUGGUCGUCUUCCGGCCCUUUGAGACGUCAUAGCUCAAGCAUCCCCAGUGGCUCCAGUGGUUCCAGUGGCUCCAGUGUAAACAUUGUUUAUUUUUAGGCAAAUCACAGUAGAAUUGAUUUUUCUUUAGUUCGUAAGAUUGUAACACUGGCUAUAUAUAUAUAUAUACAUAUAUAUAUAUAUAUCCUAAAGCCCAUAUAUAACCCACCCACAUAUAUCCAGAACAGAUCUGCAUAACUGUAAAUUGUAUCUGCGACAUGUUUAUCACUCGGCAAGUAUUUGUAUUAUACGUUAAGAGCUCUAAGAUACUACGUUUAGAUAUAUUAUUAUUAUUGAGAUUAUUGUGUAAAGAAUCAUAUAUACCGAUUGAGAUACCUAUGUAUAUGUACCAUAUACUUAUA